GAGAAUGUCACACAGAGGAAGAAAUAGAGCGUGAGAAGGACGCUGCCCCGUUCGCAGGUGCUGGGGGGCGGACAGCCACUGGGGUCCCCAAAUCUGUGACAGUUUCCCCAUCUGUGGGCUCGCGUGUGCAUGACAGAGUGGAGAAGGAGGCGAGAAGAGGGAUCUCUCCUUCCCCCGAGCCCUGAGACUCUCUCAGGGUUGCAAUCCCAGAGGGACGUCACAACAUGAAACACUUCAGCAAAUAUCUCCGACUGACAUUUCUCCUGGUUCUGUUUUACAGCCCCGUCUCUGCGGCCUGGACUUCCACCCUGCCCAGCUCAAUCCAAGCCUUACGGGGCUCCUGCGUGGUCAUUCCGUGCUCGUUCACCUACCCGGGCUCCCGUGAAUCCUGGGGUGGCAAAUUCAGCGUGACUUGGUACCAGUACCGCUCACGAGGGUACCCUGAAAUCUACAGCAGCAAAAGUUCAAGCACUGUCCUCCCUGAAUACCAGGGGCGGACGGAAGUGCUAGGAGACCUGGAAAUGGGCAACUGCACCCUCAGCAUCAACCCUGUGAAUAACGCGGAUGCCAUGAGUUACUACGUCUGGAUCAACCCCGAAUCGGUCAAGCACCGCUUCUAUGACGUCACAGUCCAGGUGAUAGUGACAGACACUCCAAACCAACUGGAGCUGAGCGACCCGGGGCUACUGACAGAAGGUGAUCGCACCAUGGUUACCUGUUCAACGCUGCACACCUGCCCCUUGGCCCCGCCUACCCUCAGCUGGAAUCAUUUGGGAGCCAGAGCUGUUACAAUCCAGGAACGUCGGGCGUGGGGCGCCUGGAAGACUGAGUCGGGGUUUAGUUUCAGCCCUUCUCACAAGGACCACGGCAGAUUUCUGCAGUGCACGGCCACUUUCCCAAACCAGCAACAAUCUCGUGACGGGAUCUACCUGCAGGUUAAAUAUUCUCCCAAAAAUGCAGUGGUCUCUGUAGUGGGGAACCCAGUCCUGAAAGAAGGCGACAGCGUCACCCUCCGAUGUAGCAGCCAGAGCAAUCCCCCUGCUGUCAGCUACCGCUGGUUCUCCGGGCCACGCAAGGCACCACUCCGGGCAGCCGGUGUCGGAGCAGAGGUGAAGCUGGCGGAUAUACGGAGGAACUCGGGGCCGUACCACUGUGUCGCGGAGAAUGACGUCGGAAUGGGGGAGGACUCGCCACCCACCUACCUCAACGUGGAAUAUAAACCAGUGAUUUUGCCCGAAGGAAACUGCACUGUCUCAAGGACCGGAGAGACCGUAACCUGUUACUGCUUGGCGGAGGGAAACCCCCUACCCGGCAUCGAGUGGCGUCUACUGAACCGUACCGUUCCGGGGGACUUCAACAGCUCCGAGCUGCAGGCGGCGUCGGUCUCGUGGGGCCAGGCCAUCAUCGGGGUGCUGAGGGGGCCCUCCUCCAGCCUGACCAACGUGUCUUGCACAGCCACCAACAAGCACGGGCCCAGCCAAACCGUUCUGCCCACCGUCCAGGCAGGUGAGGCUGAGGGCAGAUCAGGAGGGGACAUCAGCCUCCUGCUCAUGGCAUUCGGGGGUGCCGUUGGGGGCCUCCUCUUCUUUGCCCUGCUGGGAACUGUGGUCUACAAGGUGACGACGAGCAGGAAACAGAAGCAAGAGGAUGAGGAUGACGAGGAAGAUCCCACAUUGUAUGGGAAUGUAGAGCAGAAGACAUCUCUUAAAGCAGAAAAGCCGCCCAAAUCUAAAAAGGAGGAGCAAUUCAACAUGUACAACAAGUCCAACGCAGGAGGCAGCCCAGCUGCUGACAACGAUUUAACCACCGAGGCUUACGAGACAAUGGACAUAGCAGAAGAUUAUGAGAAUGUAUCAGCAUCUGCAGGACAUUAUGGGAACCUGGGCAAUUGGCAGCCCUCCUCCGGCACCGAUCAAAUCUACUCAAAUGUCUGAUCUGAGACGGGAGUGGACAAAAGGAGCAUGUCCGGAUCUUUUUCUAUUUAAUGAAUAUAACUAGAAGUAACACUAACUAGCUAGAGCAACGGGCACGAUCAGGCAGGAGAGCUGGGGAGGCAGGGUGCAAAUUAAGAUACCUAAAUAAAUAAACCUUGCAGGGAUCCCCAGCAGUGAGGUGGACCACCCAGAAUUCCCUGGGGAACAAUAUUUGUAUAAACCGUUGGGACUCCCUGCUACAGGGAAAUAUUAGUGUUAACUCUCAGGACUUCCUGCUGUGUGGGGGGAUAUGUUAUUGGCGUAGAACCUUGGUGGGGGAAAAUAUUUAUGGUGUUACCUCCUAAGGCUCUUUGCUGUGGGGAAAUGUUACUAAUCCUCACCCCCUGGUAUUGCCUGCUGCACGGGGAUAGUUAAUGACGCUAGUCCCCAGGACUGCCUGCUGAAGGGUCUGGAGCUAUAAUAACCCCCUUCUUCUUUUCUAAAACUGAGAUCUUUCCUGCUGUGCUGAACCCAUUGUGUCAGUGGAUUUUACUGUCAAGACUUUCAAAGUAUAUGUCUCUAUUUUUGUACUUUCA